CCGGCCACCAGCAGCAUGGACAGUGUCUGUGACAGCGGGCGCCCCCCGCCCACACUGGCCCCGGAGACCCCAGCGCCCCCAACGCCGACCACCCCCGCCAGCCCCACCACGGACCCGCCUGGGGGCUCCUCAGCGCCCCCCAGGGGCCCGGAGCUGGCCACCAACGUGGGCCUGGGCCUGGGCCUGGGCCUGCUGGGUCCCGUGGCCGCCCUGCUGGUCCUGCUCCUGUGUCCCAGGGCCUGGAGACUGCUGCCCAGCGUCCCCAAGCCCGCGGGGGCCAGUGGCUUCCGGACCCCCAUCCAGGAGGAGCACGUGGACGCCGACUCCCCCCUGGCCAAGAUCUGAGCGCAGCCUCGGGUGGCAGCCGGCUCCCUGGGGCCGGGCCCAGAGGGUCUGUGAGGGGGCGCGGGGUCCCCUGCCCACCUCUGCGCCCCGCCCUGUGCCCAUCAGUGGGCACGGGCUGCCCGGCCUAUGUAUGCUGUGUGUACGCCUGCCUGGGCGCCCCAAUAAACUGUUGGCCAGCACAGGUCCCCGAGUGGCGCUGAUGGGUGGCAGGGGCUGGUGGGGCUCCCCCGCUCCCCACUGGACUCCCGGCUCUGGUCUCAGUCCCGGGGGCCCUCACACCCCACACCUGGGGGACCUGAGCGGCUUGGAGACCCCUGUCCUCUGCUCC